UCGAGUAGCUCGGAUCGGAGCGGCAAGGAAGGCAGGAAGCUAGGAGAUCAAUGGAGACCGGCGUGGACGCGGGCGGCGUCCUCGUGCUCCUCUCGCAGCAGCGCCAGCGGCACGGCGGCGGCGGCGCGAGGACGGCGGGGCUCGCCACCCGCGGGCGCGUGUUCGAGUGCAAGACGUGCGGCCGGCGGUUCCCGACGUUCCAGGCGCUGGGCGGCCACCGCGCCAGCCACAGCCGCCCCAGGCCCUACCACGGCGCACUGGAGCCGCGCCGGGCGACGCCGCUGGAGGCGCAGGACGAGCGCGCGGCGGCGGCGGCCGGGCCGAGGGUGCACGGCUGCCCCGUCUGCGGGCUCGAGUUCGCGGUCGGGCAGGCGCUGGGCGGCCACAUGCGGCGGCACCGGACCACGGCGGCCGCCGGGACGCACCGUUCCGGGGACGCGACGUCAGUGGAGGGUGAAGACGUUGGCGCCGGCUGCGCCGCCGGUGGCAUCUGCUUGGACCUGAACCUGGCGCCGUCCGAGAACUGCGCCAAGUGCCGGAAUAACGCUGGGCUUGGCGACAUGGUGCAAGGCGUGCCGAAAACUUUGAUAUGGGACAGCCCUCUUUGAGAAGCUGCCAACAAAUGUAUAAGCUGUGUUGGUUUCCAAUUAUUUUCCCAGUAUAGUUCCAAGUAUAUUGAUCUCUUAUUUUCCUAACGAGCCUUCUUCAUCAACAGAAUUAUACUGGACACGAUCAC